AUGAGAAGAGCAAGGAACAUCUUAAGCUUCGGCUUAAUUCUGUUGCAUACCCUUUAUGUAAAUCUGACCUCGGCCGAUCUGCCUACUCAUGUAGAGAUUAAAAAUUUGGUGGGGAAAUGGAAAAUUCAGAGGACACAAACAUCUCCAAAAAUAACCACCUGUGGAUCUAACCAACCGAACAACAACAUAUUUAAUGUAAAAAUUACAGAUUAUAAAAAGUAUUUACUGGACAACCACUAUAAGUUUACCUCAGAAUUGUAUGUCAUUCUGUCAGACGACUUUGUACCUUAUGGUGACAUGCACGAUACGACUGGAAAUGAGCAUCGUAAGAACUGGAAGGUACUAGUUGUGUAUGAUGAGCAUAAGAGAAAGAUAGGGACAUGGACCACCAUUUGUGAUGAGGGAUUUGAAAUUAGGUUAGGAAAUGAAACGUACACUGCGUUUAUGCAUUAUGAGCCUACUGGAAAGUGUGGUGAAGCGAAGGAGGAUGAUGCGACUGACACGAAUGGAGAGACGGAUUGCUACGUCACGAAUUUUAAUAAGAUAAGAUUUGGCUGGGUGGAUAUAUCGAACUCGAACAAUGAGAAAUUGUACGGCUGCUUCUACGCGGAGAGGUACCGCGUAUCAGGUGAAUCCGAUAAUGCAUCGAAUACGCAGCUCAACUUUGCCAAUGGAACGAACAUCAACAGUGUGCUGAAAAUGCAUAACUUUUUGCACACUACGCCUGCCGCCACUACUUCAAGCAGCAAUGACAAGCCAACUUUCACCAAGAGGAAGAAUAUGCAUAUUGAUCAGAACAGCGAACUUUAUUGGCAUAAGAUGAAGCAUCAUGGGAAGAAAAAGCCGAUAACGAAAGCUAUGAUUUUGAAUUCGAAGCAGAAGUAUGCAUGUCCCUGCAACAAAGAUGAGCAUGUACAGAACGAUGUGAACAACGGGGGUACUCCGGAUCAGCCCCUGGGAAGUGGCAGUGGGGAAGAUGAGACGAACGAAAUGGACUUAGAAAAUUACGAAGACACGGAGAAGUCCCCUCAUAGGGAACUCGAAAUAGACGAGCUGCCAAAGAACUUCACCUGGGGAGAUCCAUUUAAUAAGAACACAAGAGAGUACGACGUGACUAAUCAGUUAUUGUGUGGGUCCUGUUACAUCGCUUCCCAAAUGUAUGUCUUUAAGAGAAGAAUCGAAAUUGGUCUGACCAAAAAUCUCGACAAAAAGUACCUGAACGAUUUCGACGACCUGUUAUCGAUACAGACGGUUCUUUCAUGUUCUUUCUACGACCAAGGAUGCAAUGGAGGGUACCCUUACCUCGUGGCUAAGAUGGCCAAGCUGCAGGGUAUCCCCCUAGAUAAGGUAUUCCCCUACACGGCCACGACGGAGACCUGUCCGUAUCCUGUCGACCAAAGUGGUGUAACUUCCUUGUCGGGUAGUAACUCCUCCAACACGUCAACGAACAACUUGAGACAAAUAAACGCAGUAAUGUUUGGCACGAAAACAACAAACGAUAUGCAUGACCAUUUUGAAAGUAACAUAAGCGAUGACCCAGACAAAUGGUAUGCAAAGGAUUAUAACUAUAUCGGAGGAUGCUACGGAUGUAACCAAUGUAAUGGAGAAAAAAUCAUGAUGAAUGAAAUUUACAGAAAUGGUCCUAUUGUUGCUUCGUUUGAAGCCACUCCCGAUUUUUAUGAUUAUGCAGAUGGGGUAUACUACGUUAAGGACUUCCCCCAUGCAAGGAGAUGUACUGUGGAUGACACAAAGAGUAACUUCGUUUACAACGUCACGGGAUGGGAAAAGGUGAACCAUGCCAUUGUGCUUGUCGGAUGGGGAGAGGAAGAGAUCGAUGGAACUAUGUACAAGUAUUGGAUUGGCCGAAACAGUUGGGGUAAGGCUUGGGGUAAGGAGGGCUACUUUAAGAUAAUCCGAGGCGUGAACUUUAGCGGUAUUGAGAGCCAGACCCUCUUCAUCGAACCUGACUUUACGCGCGGCGCGGGGAAGAUCCUUCUGGAGAAGCUCAGGAAUGAGUGA